AUGGUGCUGUCGGUGCUGCUGCUGGUGGCUCGCGCGGCCAUCGUGGUGCCCUUCUCGCUCGUCCACAACAUGAUGCCGCACAGCGAGAAGCUGACGCGCCGUGACAUCAUCAUCGUUUGGUGGAGUGGCCUGAUGCGUGGCGCUGUGUCUGUGGCCCUGGUGUACCUCCACUUUGACCGCAUGGACCAGGCGGGUGGCGCAGAGGAGGGGUUUGGCACCAGCAUGGGACGAUAA